GCGGCGGAGGCGGAGGCGGGCUGCGCAAGUCCGUGAGUGCGAGGCGCGCCGGCUCUUUUGUCUGAGUGCGACCCGGCGGCGCGUUCCCAGGCCUUCCGGUGGUUUGCCCCGGGCAGUCCGCAGACGCCGCAGCGGCCGCCCGUGCUCUCGGUUCGGUCCCCACACCCGGGAAGGACCGAGCCCGCGUCACGCCCCUCAGCGCCCUCCGAGUCCCUUCUCUGUCGCCGCGUCCGAAUCGAGUUCCCGGAAUCAGACGGUGCCCCAUAGAUGGCCAGCUUUCCUCCGAGGGUCAACGAGAAAGAGAUCGUGAGAUCGCGUACUAUAGGGGAACUUUUAGCUCCAGCAGCUCCUUUCGACAAGAAAUGUGGUGGUGAGAACUGGACUGUUGCUUUUGCUCCAGAUGGUUCCUACUUUGCAUGGUCACAAGGAUAUCGUAUAGUGAAGCUUGUCCCGUGGUCCCAGUGCCUUAAGAACUUUCUUCUACAUGGUUCCAAGAAUAUCACCAAUUCAAGCUGUCUGAAAUUGGCAAGACAAAAUAGUAAUGGUCAAAAAAAUAAGCCCCCCGAACACAUUAUAGACUGUGGAGACAUAGUCUGGAGUCUUGCUUUUGGGUCUUCAGUUCCAGAAAAACAGAGUCGUUGUGUUAAUAUAGAAUGGCAUCGGUUCAGAUUUGGACAGGAUCAGCUUCUUCUUGCUACAGGAUUAAACAAUGGUCGCAUCAAAAUCUGGGAUGUGUAUACAGGAAAACUCCUCCUUAAUUUGGUAGAUCAUAUUGAAGUGGUCAGAGACUUAACUUUUGCUCCAGAUGGGAGCUUAAUUCUUGUAUCAGCUUCAAGAGACAAAACUCUCAGAGUGUGGGACCUGAAAGAUGAUGGAAACAUGAUGAAAAUAUUGCGGGGACACCAGAACUGGGUGUACAGUUGUGCAUUCUCUCCCGACUCUUCUAUGCUGUGUUCAGUUGGAGCCAGUAAAGCAGUCUUCCUUUGGAAUAUGGAUAAAUACACCAUGAUAAGGAGGCUAGAAGGGCAUCACCAUGAUGUUGUAGCUUGUGGCUUUUCUCCUGAUGGGGCAUUGCUUGCUACUGCAUCUUACGAUACUCGUGUGUGUGUAUGGGACCCGUACACCGGAGACAUUCUGAUGGAAUUCGGGCACCUGUUUCCCCCACCUACUCCAAUAUUUGCUGGAGGAGCAAAUGACCGAUGGGUACGAGCUGUGUCUUUCAGUCAUGACGGACUGCAUGUUGCCAGCCUGGCCGAUGAUAAAAUGGUGAGGUUCUGGAGAAUUGAUGAGGAUUGUCCAGUAAACGUUGCACCUUUAAGCAAUGGUCUUUGCUGUGCCUUUUCUACUGAUGGCAGUGUUUUAGCUGCUGGGACACAUGAUGGAAGUGUAUAUUUUUGGGCCACUCCAAGGCAAGUCCCUAGCCUUCAACAUUUAUGUCGCAUGUCAAUCCGAAGAGUGAUGUCUACCCAAGAAGUCCAGAAACUGCCCGUUCCUUCCAAGGUUUUGGAGUUUCUCUCCUACCGGAUUUAGAAGGAAGUGUGCUGCCUUUCCUGGUAGGGCCAGACAGAACAUCCUUUACAAAACACACCUCAAAGCUUUACCAGCUCAAGCAUCUGUUCUUGAAGGCUCGGAAUAUGUAUUUAACUUGAUCAACUCUUAUACUUCAUUUUAUUAAUUGGACUUUUAAAGCAUUAUUUAUAGACCAUAGGAGAAAUAUUUCUGAACGUAUCAUGUAAUUUUUUAAAAAGAUUAACUGUGAAAACAUAUACAUACAUGUAUGUAUUUAGACAUGAGCUGCUAUGUAUUGAAUGUGCCCAUUUAGUUUUCUAAUUCUUAGUUCUGACCUGUAUAUAUAGCUUUAGUAGAGCCACGGUGUGUAUAUGUGCUGGUUUUUUUUGUUUUGUUUUGUUUUUUGAAAACAGUAAACCUUAACUUGGGCCCUACAAGGUAGUUUUAGUUGCAAUCUCUCAAUGAAGGUGGCACGUGCCUAGAUAGCUAGAUCAUAAAUGGCAGCCAGUUCUGGUAUAGGUCCAUCAGCAGGUUGAAAUCAGGCAGACAUUGUGUGCUGAAUGGUAUAUUCUGGGACCCAAGCAUCAAUUACUGUCUUGUUGGACGGUGUAGUUGUCCUAGCUCCAAUACCGUCACAUGGACAGGUUCCCAUCUACCUUGAUAGUUAACUGAAGUGCAACAUAUAGCAGGUUCAUGAACUCUGCAGUCUUGAACAUACAGAGCAGAUUCCCAGCCUGCCCAGUGACCCCCUGAGCUUGACCCUCCCUGCUGUGCUGGCUGAAGGCUAGCACACUAGUGUACUCAUCCGUAUCUGUUCAGGCACGAAUAAGAUCAAGCAAGGCUAACCAUGGGAAGCCUCGAUGGCACACAGUGGUGUCACAAUGCCAGUUACCACUUGAAUUGUUUGUUGACACAGAAACCCCAAGUGCAGGGCAUGAGGCAUAACAGCCUCCCCGAUCCAGUUAAACAUCUGCUUAAAGUCUGUGCGGCAGUUUCCAUGCUGCCAGUGGACUAUCAGAUGGUCUCAGACUCUCAGGAUUUGGUCUCAAACAAUGUCAAGAUUGUCAACCCUUGUCUUAUGUGGAGGUUGUCAGAAUCUUCCUUCUCUGGCAUUGGUUACAUUCCCACCAUUUGUUAUUGCAACAGCCGGGGCAACAGAUUGGUGAUGUGAUUCUGUGCAGCUGAUGCAGCCUACGUGCAAGACACCAGGACAAGUAAGGCAGCCACGACAGCUUGCAGCACCUCUUGGUCCUACAGGUUGGCCAUUGGUUACAUCAGGUGUCAUGUAGGGUGCCAGUGCCCAUGUUGCAGGUCCCCAUUGCCAGGAGGGUUUGAUACUCCAGCUGGUGGCACACCUGAAAUUCUGUCUUGAGGCCCGUGUGCUGCCAGAUGAUGCAUCCAUGGCUCCCAGUUCCCGGGGUUGAAUGUUAAUGACCUUGUGGAGCAGUUGAACUGGGAAUGCAUUUUGCCAGGCAGGUCCAACCAAGCCCAUCAACCAUGCCACAUCUGCUAGGUCAACAUUUUCAUCUCCGAAGCUGUUCUGUGUCAACUCCAUCACUUGCUGAUCAGUCAUGAAAGUUCCCUGUCUAGGUUUGAGAAACAGUACAAGCAUACUCAGUGCCACAUGGCUUCUUGCAUGUCAUGGUCUUGAAUUAUGCCUUAUCUCAAUUUAGUGAUUACCUCCCUCACUUAGAGCCCUCUCGGCGCCUGUUCAGCGAAUGGACGGUCCUGAAUGUGGAAACAAGCUUGUUCGACCUGCUCCCAGCACCCCCCCUCAGGUCCUCAAUGCCUUCUAGAAGGAAUGGAUUGUGAGCAGCCCUGAUUCAAGCAUUUGCAAGCACCUGCAAUGCAAGAGACCAACUUUUAAACCAGUAGGAUGGUUGUUACUUAGUUCCUAACUAUAUGUGCUGUUUGGAGGCAAAUUCAGUGGAAUUUUUAUUCUUUUUUAUUUGGGGGCACUGAGUUUAGAUGUUUGUUGAUUAUUAUUAAUAUUUAAUACUGAUUUAUCUUUUAGUUAAACAGCAGUUAUAACUAAACCAGCUACAUACCCAAAUCCCCGCAUAAAGACUAGGAUAUUUAUUUAAUUAGCUAAGAGCACGAUGCUGGGCAAUAAUUACUCCAUCUUAAACCUCCAAGCCUGCAUAACUUUUCUCCCAUUCAGAUUUCUGACAUUAUACUUGCUUUUUAGUCCUAUCUUAGGUCCCUUCCAUUUCUCCUGAUGUUUCCAGUUUCCAGGUCUUCUCCUUUCGGGUUCUCUCCUCCCCUCAGGACCAGGAUGUCCCACCCUAUUCUCUCCAUUGCUCAGCAUUGGUUGGUUGUUUUUAUUGGCAACACAGAGAACAUAUUUACACAAACUUCAGGCAGACAAUGAAAUGUCUGGAAAAUUUUGAAAUGUCGUGAAACCAGAUAGUGGUGGUGGUGGGGGGGAAUCAGCAUUUGAAUGAACAAGGGUAAAUUGUACACAUUCCACAAGAACAUUACACCAACAGAUGACGCUGAAUUAAAGCAGAAUUGCUUCAUAGGAAAUGGAAUUGGUUAGGAUGGGUGGUGUUGAACUGACUAGGGAGAGUUUUUGUAUAUGAAAAAGAUUUUUUUUUUUUUCUCAAAGAAUUGUGUCAGGGAGUUUGAAUGUGACAUUUAAAAAAUGAGCCAGGAAAAAGGUAGCUAGAGAAAGGUGAUAUCUCUGUAGGCCUUAAUUUUGGAAAGCAGCUACUUACCGCUCAGAGAAUAAAGUAUUAUGCAUUUUUGUCAAUUUGAAAUAUAUAUUCUACUGUAUUAUUGCUGAAUAUUUUGUUACUACUAAGGGACAAUUAUUUUAAAACUUUUUUUUUUUUAACAUAUAUUCUGUUUCUGCUGAAGAUAAUCUUGGUAACUUACCAAAGAGAAUCAGUACAAUAUGUCCGCUUCAGCUUUUUAUUUAUCUCAUCUGCAGAUGUUGAGAAUGUAUGUAUUAUGUAAAAUGCUUGUUUUAUAUCUUUGAGUUUUUUAAUUAAAAGACAAAAAUAACACUGCAAA